UCCAAGGAUCAGUAUCAUUUGGCAUGCCCAGCGAUCGGUUUGCCAAGAGCACGAGAAGUUCGAGAUAGGACCCAGAGAUACCAGAGAUAAAGGAGGCAUACCUUUUAUGCCCGGUGAGAGCACGGACGGCGGAGUGAAAGAUCGAGCAGGAUGAGCCUGAUUAGACUGGGACUGGCGCUGCUGCUCCUGCUGGCCACCGUGUCGCAGUUACUGCAGCCGGUCCAGGGACGCCGAAAGAUGUGCGGCGAGGCUCUGAUCCAGGCACUGGAUGUGAUUUGUGUUAAUGGAUUUACACGCCGUGUCAGGCGGAGCAGUGCGUCUAAGGAUGCUAGAGUGCGAGACCUUAUCCGUAAGCUACAGCAGCCGGAUGAGGACAUUGAACAGGAAACGGAAACGGGAAGGUUAAAGCAGAAGCAUACGGAUGCGGAUACGGAGAAGGGUGUGCCACCGGCCGUCGGAAGUGGACGAAAGUUGCGACGCCAUCGGCGACGCAUCGCCCACGAGUGUUGCAAGGAGGGCUGCACCUACGACGAUAUACUGGACUACUGCGCCUGAUGACCAGGAUGGCAAAACAAAACAAAUAAAAACCAGAAACCAGAUCCCAAAAACCAAGUACCAGAUGAACACGACAUGGCUGAGAUUUUGUGUGGCGGCACGGGGAAAACACCCGACGACCGGCAGGCUAUUUGCAAUUCAUUUUCCUACUACACUUAACCCCUAACUAUAAACGUAAUCGUAUUUCCAAAUAUUUCAUUGUAAAAUUUCUAGUGGAGGCAAAUAAAGUUACUCUCCAAGCAGCAGCAG